AAGCAUAGAUCAACUAUUUGGUGAAACAGAUAUUUUAAUUGAAUUGUUGAGUAUGGGAAACGAUAAGCAUCUCCCUCUCUAUGAUAAAAUAUGGGUGAAGCAUAGGUUUUCAAGAGUAAUGGAUUCCUUCACUUUGCUCCUCCUCUUCUUGCUCCUUGCUUACCGUAUUUUCUCUCUUAACAACUGCACCGUCCCUCAACUCCUUGCUUUCAUGUGCGAAUCAUGGUUCACUUUCCUUUGGAUUGUCAUCAUCACCACCAAAUGGAAUCCUGCAUAUACCAUAACCUACGUACAGCGUCUCUUGCUUCGGGUACCUGAGUCUGAGCUUCCAGCGGUGGACCUAUUUGUGACAACAGCAGACCCAGUGCUUGAACCACCUAUCAUCACAAUCAACACUGUUUUGUCUCUUCUAGCGCUUGAUUAUCCUUCUCACAAACUAGCUUGCUAUGUUUCUGAUGAUGGAUGCUCCCCUCUUAACUUCUAUGCCCUUCUUGAAGCAUCCAAAUUCGCCAAACUUUGGGUACCUUUCUGUAAGAAGUACAACAUUCAACUUAGAGCACCUUUUAGAUACUUCACCAACACCACCCCUAACAACAAUGAAGACACACCAGAGUUUAUUCAAGACUGGUUAAGAAUCAAGGAGGAGUACGAGCGGCUUAAUCGUAAAAUCAUGAAUGCAACACAUAAUUCGAUUCCGCUUGAUGGAGACUUUUCUAUUUUCUCAAAUGCAAAUCCCAAAAAUCAUCCAACCAUUAUUAAGGUAAUAUGGGAAAACAAAGAAGGUCUUGCAGAUGAGUUACCACAUUUGAUCUACAUAUCUAGAGAAAAGAAGCCACAACACCCGCACCAUUAUAAAGCUGGUGCUAUGAAUGUGUUGACAAGAGUCUCUGGGGUGAUGACAAAUGCUCCCUACAUCCUGAACCUAGAUUGUGACAUGUAUGUGCAUAAUCCAAAGAUUAUUCUACACGCCCUCUGCAUUUUACUAGAUACAAAGGGAGAAAAAGAAGUUGCAUUUGCUCAAUGUAUCCAGCAAUACUACGAUGGAAUAAAGGAUGAUCCUUUCGGAAAUCAGCUUGCGGCUAUGUUUUUGUACAUCGGGGGUGGAGUAUCUGGUCUCCAAGGGGUAUUUUACUCAGGAACAAAUUGCUUGAGCAGAAGAAAAAUAAUUUAUGGUCUUUCUCCCCAUCACCAAAUUCAAAAUACAAAGAUGGAUCAUGCCAUUACCACUGGAAAAUCAUCAGAAAUGAAAGCAAUAUUUGGAACUUCAAAGGUGUUAGUGGAAUCAGCUACUGAUGCUUUGGAAGGAAAGACAUUAAGUCCCAAUAAUAACCUUUGCAACUCUCUUGAGGCAGCAAGAGAAGUUGCUAGUUGUGAGUACGAUUACGGCACUGCUUGGGGCAAACAGGUGGGAUGGAUUUAUGGAUCAACAUCAGAAGAUGUACUUACUGGACUGAAAAUCCAUAAUAAAGGUUGGAGGUCUGAAGUGUGUUCAUCAGAUCGUAUAGGUUUUAUGGGUUGCUCACCUCAAAAUACCCUAAAUGUAAUGGGUCAACAAAAAAGAUGGGCCUCAGGUUUAGGUGAUAUCCUCUUAAGUAAGCAUUCUCCAAUUUUUGGAACUUUAUUUGGUAAGCUCCAGUUCACAGAGUGCAUAGCGUAUCUUUAUAUCACAAGUUGGGCCUUACGAUCUAUCCCUGAAAUAUGUUAUGCUGCUCUGUCUGCUUAUUGCAUCAUUACCAACUCCCACUUCUUGCCUAAGGAAUUCGGACAAUGGAUCCCCGUUAUGUUACUUGUGAUUUACAACAUAUCUACUCUUGUAGAGUAUUUGAAAACUGGAUUAUCAUUUCGAACAUGGUGGAACAAUCAGCGAAUGAUAAGGAUAAUAACCAUGAAUGCUUGGUUUUUUGGAUUUUUGAGCAUCAUACUAAAGCGAUUAAGGAUAUCUGACCCUGUCUUUGAAAUAACAAAGAAGGACCAACCAGCUUCUAAUGAGGAUGAUAAUGAAAACAUUGGUAGAUUCACUUUUAACGAGUCCGCAGUUUUUGUACCUGGCACAACUAUUUUGCUUAUUCAACUCAUAGCACUAUUUACCAAGUUGUUGGGAUGGCAACCAGUUGUUAGAAGUGGGCAUGGAUCUGGUGUAGGAGAAAUGUUUUGUAGUUCAUAUUUAGUUAUAUGCUACUGGUCAUUUUUGAAAGGGUUAUUUCUAAAAGGAAAGUAUGGGAUUCCCUUAUCCACAAUAUGCAAGUCAACAAUGUUGGCUUUCCUUUUUGUGCACUUGUGCAAACUUACCAUCAAAGAUUGAUCAUAUAAUCCAUUUAGUUAUCUUUAAUGUAUCUUACUACAUCAAGUUGUUUUCAUUGUAUUUCCUUUAUGAAAAUAGUGUUAUUGAAACAUAAAAGAACAUGUUGUUGGA